AUGAGUUGGAAAGGAUUCACCAAGAGCGCCACGAGGGCGCCCCAAAUGUUCAAGCAGCGCUUCAACAUGGGUGAAAUCACAAAAGAUGCGAUUUACAUCGACGCCGAGCGCCGUUUCGCCGAGCUGGAGAAGGAGACCAAGAAGCUGCACGAUGAGAGCAAGAAGUACUUUGACGCCAUCAAUGGCAUGCUCGACCACCAGAUCGAGUUCUCCAAAGCAUGCGCCGAGAUAUACAGGCCCAUUUCAGGCCGGGCGAGUGACCCAGACUCGUACGUCAUUGAUGGCAAUCCAGAAGGAAUCAGGGCGUGUGAGGAGUAUGAGAGUAUCGUGCAGGAGCUCAAAGCGAGCCUGAAGCCUGAGCUGGAGAUGAUCGAGAGCCGAGUCGUAAAGCCCGCGGAUGAGCUGCUCGAAAUCAUCAAAGUCGUUCGAAAGACGGCUACGAAGCGGGACCACAAACAGUUGGACUUUGAUCGACACAACGCAACUCUAAAGAAGCUGCAGAACAAGCCGGACAAGUCGUUAAAAGACGAGAAGGCGCUGUACAAGGCCGAGAACGACGUGGAGAUGGCGACUCAAGAGUAUGAGUACUUCAACAACCUACUCAAGGAGGAGCUGCCAGAGCUGUUUAGACUGGAGCGGGAGUUUAUCCUUCCUCUCUUCCAGAGCUUCUACUACAUGCAGCUGAACGUCUUCUACACCCUUCACGACAAGAUGCAGAACAUCGACAUCGGCUACUUCGACUUGACCCUGGACAUUGAAGGCGCAUUCGAGAAGAAGCGUGGCGAUAUCCAGCAGCGCGCCGAGGCACUUUCAAUCGUCAAGUUCAAGACUACAGGUGGCCCACGACCGAAGCCAGCUCUGAAAUACGGCAACAAACUCGCCAUUGAGAACGGGAGAAAGGGAUCGUCAGACGCCGGUUCGGAAUCCCCCAACCGAAGACUUACGAUGGACGGAUACGACCAAAACCCUCCACCCGCAUAUUCAGCCGGAGCCUCAGACCUAGGACGAGCAAACAGCACCGGCGGAAACUGGGGAGCAGCAGCGAAAGCCAAAGCCGCACCACCCCCUCCCAAGCCGAAACCCUCAAGAUUAAGCGGCCUCCCCGGAGUAGAGACAUGUACAGCAUUAUAUGACUACGAAGCGCAAGCCGAGGGCGACCUCUCCUUCACGACAGGCGAAACCAUCGAGAUCAUCUCUCGAACAGACAACACCAACGAAUGGUGGACAGGACGUGUCGGCGCUCGACAGGGGCAGUUUCCAGGCAAUUACGUGCAAAUGAACUCAUAG